GAGGCUCAAAGAGGAAAGUGCAAUCAAUUAUUGAUCAGUUCAGCUUCAGAUCUCACGCCUCCUUUGCAUUGCUGUUUCACCUACCGUCACUUACGCCUCAUUUCUCAGAUUAAGUGAGCUCGCCUUAGCGUUUCGUUAAUGUUUCCACCUUUUUACCGUAGACGCAAAGUAAUGCGGGCGGACCAAGCUGAGCGUGUUGAUGCUAGUCAUCCCGAAUCAGCAUGGAAAACUAUGGAUAAGCAUGUCAGAACACUUGAUGAAGAAAAGGUUGAGGAUUUUAAGGAAGACAUUGACACUUUACUUGUCUUCGCCGGCUUGUUCUCAGCCGUGACGACCACAUUGCUGAUCGAGUCAUAUAAGCUACUCCAGCCAGACCAGACAUCUGUGAAUAAUAUUCUGCUCUCGCACAUUUACCUGCGCCUCCUCGACCCUUCCAGUACUGCUCUACCAACUAUGGACAUUGCCUGCAUCGCUGCAUCAACAUGCCCCUUCCAGCCGUCCCUCGCCGCUCGGCGAGUCAAUAUUUUCUGGUUUGCGAGUCUUAUACUCAGUCUUGUGACUGCUUCGUUCGGCAUGCUCGUCAAACAGUGGCUUCGCGAGUUCCUCUCCGGAGGAUUUGCCCUUCCCCAAACUCGUCUUCGAAUCCGCUACUUCCGUUACUUGGGAAUCAUCAAGUGGAGAGUUUUCGAGAUCGCCGCCUUGCUACCUUUACUCUUGCAACUUGCUCUAGCCCUGUUCUUCGCAGGCCUCUGCAUCUUUGCGUCCGACAUACACUCGAGCAUAGGUUCCACUAGUAUCAUGCUGGUUUCCAUAUGGGCUAUCUUGUUCGUAUGCAUCGUCAUCGCGCCGGUGAUCUCUCCACUUUGCCCUUAUAAGAUUACAUUCCUCAAGGAAACCAUGAGGCAGAUACGUGCUCUAUUGUAUGAGCACGUGUCGCAGAUACGCCCUCUGUACGAUACCGGUUCGGAUUAUUCGGUUGCUGGAGACAUUAUGGGGCGACAAACCGAAUCGUACUCGUUGUUCGAAGAAGAAUCAUUUGCAACGAAUGCUCCAUGGCACGAGGACCUUGACAUACUCCUUGCGAUAGAUGCUGCAUUACUGGAUGAUCAACUUCUAGCUCAAGGCUUUUCAGGAUUACUCUCACAAUCAUCAUUGGAAUUGAAGACACCUCAGAUGCAAAUUUUGGACUACCAUGAAGCGUACAUUAUGCCCUUCAUUUUGAAGGUCAUUGACAAUCGGAUUCAGAACGAACUGGGGCUGAGCCUCAGGUGGAGGAUGACCUUGCAUGGGCAAUUGGAUAUCAAGGCGUGGACAGCUAUUGUGGACAUUGUCGCAGACUUACUCUUGCGCAAGUUGUCUGAGUAUUCUCUCAAGAUGUUGCCGGAUAACAACUGGGUGGCGGAUGCAGUUACCAUCCUUCUUUCCAUCUCUGAGCACCCUUUGCCACUUGCCGGUCGAACUGCUCUGUCACACUGUCUGCAGAUUGAUCCCAGGACGUUUUCAGACGUCAUUUGCACGCGUACUCCGAUACCGACAUGGGCGUCACACAGUGAAGCAUAUUCACUACAGCAUUCAGGAGACACUGAUGUCCUUACUGCCUUGCUGGAAUCUGAGCUUCAAGGCGUCUUGCCCAUGCUUCACGGAGAGGCUUUGUUGUCUGCGAUCUAUCACCUCCUCCGUAGUCGAUUCUGCACUGGCCACAACUGUAAACAUCGAAGCCUAUCUGAUUUCCUCGUCGAGCACCCUUUAAACAAUGUCAGGCCCGUAAUCCAGUCCAGUGCCAAAUCGUGGCUUCUACUGUCUCCCGCUGGCGGCUUCCGUAUGAUAGCCGAUUUACUUGUCAACGAGCUAGACGAGGUGUUCAACUGCGAACCUAAUGGGUUACAGCCAGUGUGGAUUUACGAAGCGAUUCUGGUAGUCUUUGGCCAUCGGUCCUAUUGGAGCAAAGACCAUCAACGCAAAAUAUCUCGGUGGUUGUGUCAACACCCUCCUCUGGCUUGGUACAUACGACUAGCAACACCUAAUAAUCAGGAUCACCCAGAUCUCUUUACGCUACUUGUAGAGGCUGCGAAAGAUCUCUGUCGCUGGAUGUCUAUAUCGGGUACAGCAUACCUCUUGGACGUCAAGAUGUUUUUGACUGAUUUUCUUUCCGUGACAGAUCGGCAAGCUAUGCUUCUUCAUAUCUCAGAAAUCUUGCGCCUGGAUUACGUCACAGAUUCUCUGGCCAACCAGAGCAUGGUCCAGAUAAAUAAUCUUGGGCUGUGCUUCUUUGUUCUUGAAUUACUGCAGCUACAGUCGGUCUCAGCUUCUGGUCGAGCACAAUUGGAGCAAUACUCACUCAAGAGGGCUUGGAAGACGAUCUGCAGCAGUCUGGCCGCUUCAAUGGCGGCAGGGACAGCAACAGGUGAUGUGGAAGUCCAAAGAACAACCGUACAGCGUUGCCUUUCUCUGAUCGGGUAUAUUCGCGAAUUUGGAGUCCAUUCCGAAGUGGAUGAAUCAUUAAAUCAACUGGUCUCGGCGCUGCGGGUUAAGCUUCUCGGGCCGCAGGUGGCUGGCGGUGUUUCGAAACUUCUUACCAAGGCUGCUGGUCAGCGGGAUGCAAGAGCCAAUAAUACAGGCGCGUAACGUUUUCCUGAAGUGUUCCCAGGAACAGUAUGUACGAGAGAUGCUUUCGUUUCAGCGCGAGACUUCUCUGGAGUCGUAACUAUACCCUUCCACUUUUCUCACCACUUCUUAUCUAUUCCAUUAACUUUGAAAUAUCGUGUAUAACGGGAUUUUCGUAUUCUAUCCGUCAGGCUUGCCGUAUGCCCGCGGAGGGUCCUGCAAUGUUGGUUCAGGUAACUUGCAGGAACUCCAUGCACAACAUCCAGCAUCUACGUUCCUCGCUUAGUUUCAAACGUAGCGUGCUGUUGUGAGAGGGUUACUUUCUCACAACCCAAAUGAGGCAUUUUGAACGUCGUCAAUGGUCAUCAUCACAACUUUUUGUCUCUACAAUUACUUCAAAAGUGUAGACAUACUGACUCUCCAGGAUGAACCAUACAUUUGCCUUAUUUCAUUAAUGUAAUUCGGAACUUUACA